CUGCCUCCUCUUCCAGGUCGCAGGCGCUUGAGGCCAGGCCCAAGAUGAUCCCGCCGGGGGAGUGCCUGUACGCAGGGAGGAAGAGAAGGAAGCCCAUCCAGAAACAGAAGCCUUCUGUGGGGGCUGAGAAGUCGAACCCUUCCAAGCGGCACCGAGACCGCCUCAACGCCGAGCUGGACCACCUGGCCAGCCUGCUGCCCUUUCCCCCCGACGUUGUCUCUAAGCUGGACAAGCUCUCGGUCCUGCGUCUCAGCGUCAGUUACCUCAGGGUGAAGAGCUUCUUCCAAGCCGUGCAGGAGAAGUGCCCGCGCCAGCCAGUGGCCGGUGCCCCCUCACCAGGAGACAGUGGUCCUUGUGGAGGGUCGGCAGUGCUGGAGGGAAGGCUCCUGCUGGAGUCCCUGGACGGCUUUGCUCUGGUGGUGAGCGCGGAAGGGGUGAUAUUUUAUGCAUCAGCAACGAUUGCAGACUACCUGGGCUUCCACCAGACGGACGUGAUGCACCAGAACAUUUAUGACUACAUCCACGUGGACGACCGCCAGGACUUCUGCCGGCAGCUCCACUGGGCCAUGGACCCUCCCCAGGUGGUGUGUGGGCAGCCCCUGCGCUCGGAGACAGGAGAGGAUAUCAUCCUGGGGAGGCUGCUCCGGGCCCAGGAGGGGGCCGCCGGCCCCACCGAGUACUCGGCCUUCCUGACGCGCUGCUUCGUCUGCCGCGUGCGCUGCCUGCUGGACAGCACCUCGGGCUUCCUGACGAUGCAGUUCCAAGGGAAACUCAAAUUCCUGUUUGGCCAGAAGAGGAAGGCGCCGUCGGGAACAGUCCUGUCCCCUCGGCUCUCGCUGUUCUGCGUCGUGGUGCCCGUGCUCCUGCCUUCGGUGGCCGAGAUGAAAAUGAAGGGUGCGUUUCUGCGGGCGAAGCACAGGGCAGACGGCUCGACCGCCAUGGACACGAAAGCAAAAGCCACCAGGAGUCUGUGUGUAUCAGAAUUGCACGGAAAACCCAAUCACUUAGCAGGAAGAAACAGUGGAGAAAAUGGCAUUUCUGUGUUCAGGGCACAGAUGGACGCCUGCCGCUGGGCCCGGGUUCCCGCCAGGGCCACGUGCCUGUGCCUGCGGGGUGGCCCCGACCUCGUCCUUUACCCCGAGGGGGCCGCCGGGGACUGGGGAGGAGAGGAGCACGGGAGGGUGCCCAGCGGUGGCGGCUCCGGGGUGAGGAGGAGGAGGGAAGCACACGCUUACGACUGCUGCUUCGAGACGCCAGGACCCACGAGGCAACUGAGCUGGACGGCAGGCAAACACGGUCAGGACGGCCCCAAGCCAAAGCUGGAGCCCAGCAGGAGUGACCCGUUCCCUGUGCAUGCCGCCUCCCGGGGCUCCUGCGUGCCCUACCCCAGCGCCCCGGGCACCGUCCCUGCCUUCCGGAAUUCCCCUGGCGCUCACCAGGCCCCCAGUGCCUAUGCCAGCCCGCCGAGCAGAGCCUUGCAGGAUGGCGAGCAGGGCCCGGUCCACUCUCCCGCCAGCGGCCCCUUCCCCCUGGGGAGCCUGGAGAGCCAGGUCCCUCAGCCUGGGGUGCAGUGCCUCGCAGUGGGGGGCUAUGCCACCCAGGACAUCAAGUUGCCCGGUGUGCCCAUGCCCCCGGAGGCCCCGUGCAACCCCCUGUUGUCACUUAAUGUUCCCAUCAAGAUGGAAAGUGACUCUGGGUCCGAGGAUGCAGCAGAUGGCUACUCUGUGUCCCCAAGCCAGGUGUGGCUGGGAGCCAGUGACGUGGCUAAGAGACAGCUGGUCACUUUCCCUACCAGGAUGCACCUGAAAACAGAGCCCGACUCCAAGCACCACCUGUACUCCCCGCACCUGGGGUAUGGCAUGCUGGGGGCUCCCCCCAGGCCUGGCAGGGAGCUGGCUCCCUUCCACCCUGCACACUUUGUCUGCCUGGAGCGUGGGCACGGCCCUCCUGAGCCAGAGCCUCCCCCCUGCCUCUGUGUGCGGGGCCACCGGCCCCCCACUCUGGGCUGUGACUGCAGAGCUCCAGGGACCACACCCAUGAUCAAACUUGAGCCCUUGGACUCACCCCCAUGGGCCGCUCACAGCCAGGGUGGGGCGCCCAGGAUGCUCCCCAAAAGUGCCUUGGCGACACUGGUGCCGCCCAAAGCCUCCGAGUGCUCUUUUCUGCCAUGAGCCGGGCGUUGGUUAAGUGCAUCUGCCCCCUCUGAGGUACGGUCAGCUGGGAUGGCAGGUGCAGGCCAGAGCCUCUCUUCGGGGGCGCUCGGCAAGGGGCA